UUUGCCCCAAGAUCAUGGCAUGGUGGAUCAACAGGGCACCACUGACAAUCAAGGUGCGAUCAAAGAUGGAAAUACUUUGGAGUUUCAGGAGCUGGUGCUGGUUCAGCAAGACGUCAUUCAAGAAAGGGGUCAAACCACACAAGACAUUGCUGUUGAGGACCAAAACAAGGCAGUGGAAAACUCUGUCAGCGGUGAAUUUAGGGGAACAAUGGAUAACUAUGCUAUGGGAUACCUGGAGGUGGUGGAGCAUGAUCUGAUUGACCAAAGUGGUGAAACCGUGGAUGGCAUCGCUGUUGACGAUCAAGUGAAGGAGGUGGAACAUGGUGUCAUCCGUGAAAGGAGUGAAACGACAGAUUGUGUUGCUAUUAAGGAUCAAGAGCAGGUGAUGGAGCAAUUCGCCAGUUAUGGGCCGAGAGUAACCAAGGAUAAUAUUAUUAUGGAUCAUCAGGUGUUGGUGGUGCAAAGUGUCAUUGAUGAAAGGGUUGAGGAUCAAAGGAGGGCACUGCAGCAAUGCAUCAUUGGUAAACUGCGCACAACUGAGAACAAUAAUGUUGUGGAAGACUCAACAAUGGUGGAGCAAAGUAUCACCGACGAAUUUGCUGAAGCUAUGGGUGACAUUGCUGUUGAAGAUCAAGAGAUGACAUUGGUGCAAUGCACCAAUGAUGAGCUGGAAGGAACUGAAAAUUAUAAUGCUCUGGAAGAUCGGGUUUCUGAGCAAGGUGCCAUUUAUGAGAGGGGUGCAUAUUCUUCUACUGAAGAUCAAGAGAAUGCGGUGGAGCAAUGUGCAGGUGACGUAGCAAACGCUACCAAGGUCAACAAUGUUGUGCCUGUGGAAGAGAAGGCGGUGGAGCAAGAUGGCAUUGGCAAAGAGGACAUUGCCAUGAAAGAUCAGGAGGAGGCAAUGGAACAAUGUGGAAAUGAUGAAUUGAGAACAAGCAAGAAUGAGAAGGUUGUAGAGGGACAUAAGGUGGAAGAGCAAGGUGUCAUAGAUGAAAAUUUGGCUGAACUAAGCAUCAAUGAUGAACCAAGAAUAACCAAAGAUGUGAUUGCUUUCCAGGAUCAGGGGAAAAUGUUCGAGCAAAGAGUUGGUAAUGAACAGGUUGCAAGCAAAGGCAAGUUUGCUAUUCAAGAUAACAUGGAGGUCGUGGACCAUGUCUGUCAUGAAUGGGACACGACUGAGGAUGAUCUUGCUAUUGACGUGGCAGCUUCUGUAGGUACAAAUGCCAUUUCAUUUUCUGAGGAUUUAAUCACGUUAAAUGACAAUGUCAGCGGCUGGGGAAUGGUCAAGGAGAAUGUUAAGGUUUGUGUUGCGUACCCACAAAGGCCUGGCAAACUGAACUGCCAUUUUUAUCUAUCAACCGGAAGUUGCUCGUAUGGGUUGUCAUGCAACUUCAAUCAUCCACGGCUUAAAGCAAAGCCGGAUAUUUCAAGCUUUCCCUCUGAGCAAGAAAAUUAUGGAGCUACCGGAAUUCUUGAGCUGAAUCGCGUUGGCCUCCCAAUUAUAGAAGGAGCAAGGAAUUGCAGUUAUUACAUGCGUAAUGGUACUUGCAGCUAUGGGAAGAAAUGUCACUUCAACCAUCCAGAGCAAGUCAUUGAUUCCCAGUUUGACCCACCAACUGGGUGGGAUGAUGAUGCCUUUCCAUCUUCAGCACUCUCAAAGAAAUCUCAUGACCAUGCAAAUCCAGAUGACACAUCAUACUUCAAGAGAUCUUCCAGUCAUGUGGCCUCAGAUAAAAAAUCAUCGGUGUCAAUGGUCCUUCCUCCAAACAUACUUCGGAUGCUUUUACCUCCAGAAAAGGUGCCUCCUAGUACAGAAGAAAAGGUGAUGAAAGUAAACAAGGAUAUAAACUGGACAGCUGCUUCAGAUGAUUCCAGUGGUUGUUCAGCAGAUAGUACAGGUAGAGCUCUGGGCAAGCAAGAACAUGUGAACUAUCUUGAGAGGCCUGGAAGAAGACCAGAAUGCCCUUUCUAUACGAGAUUUGGUGAUUGUAAAUUUGCAUCAGCAUGCAAAUAUGACCAUUCUAAAGACAGAUUCACUAAUAGAUCAUCAGCUGCUUCAGAUAAGUCCAAUGGAUGCCAUUCAGCAGAUAGUUUGGGUGGAGCUUUGUGCAAGCAGAAACAUGUGGACUAUCCUGAGAGGCCUGGAAGGCCAGAAUGUCCUUUUUAUAUGAGAUUUGGUGAUUGCAAAUUUGCAUCGGCAUGCAAAUAUCACCAUUCCAAAGACAGGCAGGGAGAAGAACUGGUGGAACAUCCGGAGAGACCUGGUGAGCCAGAAUGCCCCUUCUAUAUGAAAAAUGGGUACUGUAAAUUUGGUGUAGAAUGUAAGUUCCAUCAUUUGAAGGGUUCAAUUCCAAGCAGGUGGAGCCCAAAAGAUAUCAAAGGGCCAGUUGCUCCUAAGGAACACCAUCCGGCAAGCAAAAUCAAACUACAAGACCAUAUGUACCAGCAAGACCAGUAUCCAGAGAGACCUGGACAACCAGACUGCCGGUACUACAUGCAGUUUGGGAAAUGCAAGUACUGGUCUGCAUGUAUAUUUCAUCAUCCUAAAGAUAGACUUUCAAAUGGUUGUCAUCCAUCAGAAGAGACUGUUCCUAAGCAAGAGGAGCACACAGAACACGCACUGUAUCCUGAAAGGCCUGGUGAACUGGAGUGUUUCUACUACAUGAGGCAUGGCUCUUGUAAAUUCCAGAGGAACUGCAAGUACCAUCAUCCAAAAGACCGACUUUCCAACAAAUCGUGUGACCCGGCCUUUGACUGAAUUUAUCCACUUCUACCAUGGGAGCAGAGAACAUACUGCUUUUGUGAUGUUGCAGCACCAUUUUGUUUCACUUGACGCCAUAGAACAGACGACGGAUAAGAGAGUACGACUAAUAGAGCGCCUGGAACAGCGGCUGACGAGAGGACGGCUGGUUGUCUUGUUUGCAGUAUCAUUUUGUUAGUGUGGAACUUGAACUGUUAAAAGUAAAUUCUUGGUGUGUAACAAGGUGGCUGAACUGGUGAAGAGAAUAGCAGCCAGCUGCUGAGGUCAUGUAGGCAAUCACGUAGAACUGCAAAGCUGUUGUUAGCUCUCUUUGUCCUCACUUCCGAAUUUUAUUAGAUAAGACAUGCGGAUCAAGAUUCCACAUUUCCACUGUUUAGGCUAUUUACUUGUGGACUACUUGUCUCAGAAAAAUUAACUUUUGAG